AUGUCAACGUUUCGUCUAUUGACAAAAUUAAAAAAAAAUGUUAUCGCAGUUUUUACUAGAUUAAGUGAAAAUUAUAUUGAAAUUUUAAAUGAUGAUGAAUAUUAUGAUAUAACAAUUGAAGUUGGUAAGGAUCCAAAUAAUAACGAUGGUAUUUUGGCUCAUAUUAAGUUAUCAGAUAUCUCACCAGAAAUCUUUCAAAUUAUUCUAAAAUAUAUUUAUGGUGGUAUAAUUUUUUUUAAUGAACAAGAAACUUUAGAAAUUUUGAAAGUAUUGAUUGCUGCUGACAAACUUCACCUUCAAGAAUUAGUUGACUAUUUACAGAAAUAUUUAAUUGAAAAUAAAGUUGAAUUAAUGAAACAAAAUUUUGGACUUGUUUAUCAAACAAGUUUUAAAUCUGAUUCUUUAUUAGAUCUUCAACAAUUUUGUAUAGAUUAUCCUGAUACUUGGACAGAUGAUGAUUAUGAAAUGAUGAAAAAUACUUUACAACCCUGUUUACCGUUAAUUAGAUUUUUUAGUUUAUCAUCUGAAGAAUUUGCACAAAAAGUUCGUCCAUACAAAAAACUCUUAGGACGCCAACUUUAUGAGAAUUUGUUAAAUUCAUAUUUGGAUCCUAACAUUGAACCAAGUGAUAAUAUUUUACUUCCCAGAUACAAGAAUGUUGAUGGAGUUAUUGAUUCAAAAAUUGUUAAUUUAAAUAUUGUUUCUUUGGUUUCAAGAUGGGUAGAUAAAAUAGAUAUUAAAAGUAAAUUUGCUUAUACGAGAGAAUUAUAUUUAUCAUAUAAAUUUAAUUUAUUAUUAAGAGGAAGUCAAGAUGGAUUUACUCCUAAGAGGUUUCAUGAAUUAUGUGAUAAUAUAUCUCAUACUAUUACAUUCAUUAAAGUAAGAGGAACAGAAGAAAUUAUUGGAGGAUAUAAUCCUUUGAUUUGGAAAAGUUUGAAUAAUGAAUAUGGUGAAACAAAAGAUAGUUUUAUAUUUUCUUUUAAAAGUAAGGAUAACUUCAAAGUUCCAAUUUUGAGCCAUGUAAAUCCAAAGGAUAUAAAUGGAGCGUUAUUUUAUCAUACUAGAAGUGGUCCUACGUUUGGUCGUGAUCUUUAUAUAGGCGUAAAAGGAGUUGAUUCAGAUGAAUAUCAUCGUAAUUAUUGUAGAAAAUAUAGGUAUGAAAAAGAGAUAAGGAAUACAGAAGAUCUAUUCUCAAUAGAAGACUAUGAAGUAUUUCAAAUUGUAAAAAGUUAAGCUAUAUAAUUUGUAUUUAAUUUUGUUCUUAAAGCUAGUUGUACUUUGUAAUUACAGAUAGAAUUAUAUAAGAUUUUUGUAAACGUACAUUAUAAUAAAUUCUGGGCCUGGGUAUAAUGACUCAAGUUCCAAUUUAAUC